UCUUUCCAGGUGGUGAGCCGGCUGGGCCUGGACUCUCUGUCCCCCUUCAACCCUAAGGAGCGGAUCAUCGAGUACCUGGUCCCCAGUGGCGGGCCUGGGCAGAGCCUGGUGGACAAGCCCCUGCGUGCCUUCGUCCGUGAGGUGGGCGCCCGUUCUGCAGCCCCGGGGGGUGGCUCUGUGGCAGCUGCCAGUGCAGCCAUGGGCGCUGCGCUGGCCUCCAUGACCGGCCUGAUGACCUACGGGCGGCGGCAGUUUGAGCACCUGGAUGCAACCAUGCGGCGCCUGAUUCCGCCCUUUCACGCGGCCUCGGCUGAGCUGACCAAGCUGGUGGACGCGGAUGCCCGGGCCUUCCAGGCCUACCUGGAAGCCACGAAGCUGCCUACCGACACACCUGAGGAGAGGGACAGGCGUGCGGCAGCCCUGCAGGAAGGGCUGAGGCGGGCGGUAGCCGUGCCCCUGGCGCUAGCAGAGACGGUGGCCUCGCUGUGGCCUGGGCUGCAGGAGCUGGUGCAGUGUGGGAACCUGGCCUGCCGGUCGGACCUGCAGGUGGCGGCCAAGGCCUUGGAGAUGGGCAUGUUUGGUGCGUAUUUCAACGUGCUCAUCAACCUCAAGGACAUCACCGACAACGCAUUUAAGGACCAGACCCACCAGCACAUCUCUAGCCUCCUGCAGGAAGCCAAGACCCAGGCAGCCCUGGUGCUGGAGCACCUGGAGGCCCGGCAGGAGUGACGGCAGCUGGGGAGACCGCGUAGACUCCGCAGCCCUAGGUGCCCCUCCCCCUUCCUGGCAGCCUCCAGACACAGUCCCUGUGGGGCCCAGAGGGGGCUGGGGGGGUCAAGGGUCCGCUUGGGGUGGUGGAGUCACCCCCCCAUCACUUGCAGCUCUUAGUAAAGUCAUGACCCACCA